CAACCCUUCACCAUUCUCUUCCUUCAGUCUGAUUUCAUUCAUUCAGCAAUGCUUUUUAACGUCCCAUCAUCCAUCUCUCUCUCCCAAAAAAUUCUCCAUUUUUUCUUUCUCACUCUCUAAACAAAACCCCAAAUCCAAACUAAACGCUCCUCUUCUUCCCCGUGAAAACUUAAACUCUCUCACACACACACUCACUCACAGCAACAAAACGCCACCGUUUCACAAUUCACACUGCUAGCAAAAACUAUAAACCUUAUUAAUUACUCUACUUACCCUAAUUUUGAAGACUUCUGGAACUUUCUCGAUCAUCAUGGAUUCAUCAUCAGCAGGAGCAUCAUCUUCAGAACCUCCAACAACUUCUCCUACGGUAACCGUAACCACCGUACAACCGGAGGGAUCUUCACCACCGCAACCACCACCACAAGCUCCACCAAGCCGUUACGAAUCUCAAAAGCGCCGUGACUGGAACACUUUCCUCCAAUAUCUACAAAACCACAAGCCACCAUUGACGCUUGCAAGGUGCAGUGGCGCGCACGUGAUCGAGUUUUUGAAAUAUCUCGAUCAGUUCGGGAAGACGAAAGUUCAUGUUUCCGGAUGUCCGUAUUUCGGACAUCCGAAUCCACCUGCUCCCUGCGCUUGUCCUUUGAAACAGGCGUGGGGAAGCCUUGAUGCGUUGAUAGGACGACUCAGAGCGGCCUAUGAAGAAAACGGAGGCCGUCCUGAGUCGAAUCCGUUCGGCGCUAAAGCUGUGAGAAUUUACUUGAGGGAAGUGAGAGAAGGACAGGCUAAAGCUAGAGGGAUUCCUUAUGAGAAGAAGAAGAGGAAGAGGACUGCAGUGACAGUGUCUGCUGUGAGUAGUAGUGGUGGUGGUGCUAAUGAUGAUAGCGGUGGUGGUAACGGUGGUGCAGGUGAUAGCACGGUUGUUGUUGGUGGUGGUGGUACAACUACAACUUCAACUACAACUACUACAGCUAAUGCAAGUACUUCUUAGUACAGCCACCGCCACCACAGUAUAGUAAUCUUAAUUAUAUUUAUUUAUUUUUCCUCAUUUUUUUCUCUUAAUUUUAUGUCUUUAGUUUUUAAUUCUAAGGAAAUUAAUUGUGAUUAAAGCUUAUUAUUAUUAAGUUACAUAUUUAUUAUUAUUAAUAAUAUUAUUAUGCCUA